ACCUGUCCGUUAUUCAAGAUGGCAGGUCGCGGAAGAGGUGGACGUGCGGCUUUUCCUGAAAUCCGUCAUCAGUUGAGAAGACCGAAAGAUGACGUUCCCACACAGAACGAGAGCCACUCAGAAGUAGGCGACACCAAAAAGGAACAAGUACAGCCCCCGCUUUCUACGGAAAAUGAUGAAAUCAAAAAGCUCUGUCAGCACUUCAAGUACCUGCAAGCCUCCGACACCGUUUUUACCAAACACCUGACCUCGUUGCGUGGUCAGAUCAAGACAGACGAGGAUGCUGACCAUGCUGCCGAAUGCAUCUAUGAUCUCGGUCAGCUGGGCCCAGAUCAGGCUGAGGUGGCCAGCGUGAUUGCGGUGCAGUUGGCGGAUUUGGAAGUUGGAAGCUCCAAGCUGAGGUCCAAGAUCCUGUCACGAAUGCAGACAGACUUUGAAGGAUUUGAAGAGAAGGCCAAAUCGUCUCCGAACAGUGUCCUGUGCAGUACUAUAUUCCUCUGCGAGUUCUACAGCCGCUACCUGAUCAACGGACUUCCCUUGAAGCCUCUUCGGGUGCCAGUCUGGAAGUGCCUCGAGUAUAUGCUGCAAAGCCGGGAGCAGUAUUUCACAAAGCACUGCCUGAGAUUGAUCAGAGCCAAGGGAGCCUUUCUGAUGAAGCACAACCCUGACGAAGUUGAGGCAUUCCUCGUUCACCUGCGGGACCUCAUCUUGGAAGGGGCUGUGGAGAAAACAACACGAUCCUUAGCCCUUGAGACACUUGAAUUCAUCUUGAGGGACCUGAUGCCUCUCAAGACAAAGAACUCCCCACCCCCCUUAUGAGUCCUCCCAAGUAAAUUCUGCUGAAUCAUUUUAAGAAGGUAUGUCACCACAGUUGGAGACGUGACUACUAGUUCACUUAAGUGAAGAGUAAACGGGUAAAACUGCCCCCCAGAAUAAUGGCUCUGAAAAUCCUGUUGUCUUCCUUUCACAGCACUGUAAGUUGAAAUGUUUACUGUUAUAUCAGGGCAGUUUCAUUCAGUUUCAGGCAGUAAGGUACAUUAUAAUUCUCUAUUUUUUUUAUCAUACUUUUAUAUGUCAUAUUGCAUAGAGUGCAUAAAAAAAAGUAUUUUUAAUUUACAUGAUUUUACAUGCUUCGUUUUAAAGAAAUAAAAUCCUGAAGGAGUGGGGAAGGAUUAAGAUAUUUUGACAA